AUGGCAACUACUGAGAUGAAUGAUGAUCAGCCUGUCCAGAGCCAAGUCAUCCUCUUUGGAGACUUGAGCCUGGCUAAUGUGGAAGAAUCGUUGAAGCGUCUUCUACAUGUCAAGACCAACCCACUUCUUGCUGCCUUCUUUCAGCGUGUGAACCACCAGCUACGAAGACUGCUAGACGGUCUUCCUUUGGAACAACAAGACUUAUUCCCUCGUUUUACCACAUUGAUUGACCUGGUGUCACGACUUGGAGAGACCAGUGGAACACCGGUUCUUGCAUUCUUCCUGCUCAGUGUGCAGCAAGUGGCCCAGAGUAUUGUGUAUUUCUCGCACGGUUCGAGGAUCUUUCCCCCAUCCAGCGCCUGCAUCAUUGGUCCAUGCACUGGUGGGUUUGCUGCAUCGGCCCUUGCAUCUUCUCAAAAUAUUGUCGAUCUUGUCAACAAUGGAGCUGAAGCAGCCAUUUUGGCUUUUCGAACUGCGCUUGUCUCGUUUUUGAUCUCACGGAGCUUGUCGAAUAGCCCUCAGUCAGAGGGAUCCACAUCAUGGUCCGUGGCUGUGAGUUCCCGGGGAGAGCAAACCGUUGAAGACCUCGCCCAAGAAUAUAUGGCAGCAAAGACACCACUUCGUCAUUCAAGCCUUUGGAAAAGUGCUGUUACUGCCAGCUUAACUAUCACACUCAGCGGACAACCAUCAAUUCUACAAGGAUUCCUGGAAACCUACUCUGAGCAACUCCGAUACAAAUACCUUGAUAUUGCUUCACCAUACCACGCCGCACAUCUAUUUUCUGAGACCGACGUUGAGCAAAUUGUUAGCUACCUUGCAGGCUCGGACACAGCCGAUCAAAAGGCUCGUCUGCCUGUGCUUUCCUCCGCUACUGGAGAGCUCAUUUCCGCUUCCAGCUUCCACGAGCUACUGCACACCGUUGUUCAAGAGACCCUGCUAAAACCUGUCUGCUGGGAUUUGAUCCUCGACUCUUGUCAGUCAUGGCUGACGCAAGGGGAAGCUCAAGAAUGCACUAUUCUCCCGUUCUCCAGUAAUGCGGGGACGAUGAUCGCCUCGGCACUUACCAAGGAAAAGGAGAUUCAAGUCACGGUCACAGAUGCCACUGGAUCCGGUCUGCUAGAUGAGCCAACACCCACUGGACGCUUCGAGCAUUCCAAGAUUGCUAUUGUUGGAUACUCGGGUCGUUUCCCGUCUGCUGCAUCAAACGACGCCUUUUGGGAGCUUCUCAGAUCCGGCCAAGAUGUUCACCGUGAGGUUCCGCGUGAUCGAUUCGAGUGGGAGAAAUACUAUGAUCCGACCGGUAAGAGAAAGAACACCAGCCGUGUCAAGUAUGGAUGUUGGAUCGAUGAGCCAGGUGUCUUUGAUACCCGCUUCUUCAAUAUGUCUCCCAAGGAAGCAGAGAACACCGAUCCUGCUCAGCGACUAGCUAUCACCACCACAUACGAGGCCAUGGAAAUGGCUGGUAUGGUAAGAAACCGCACUGCAAGCACACAGCAAGAUCGUAUUGGUGUAUUCUUCGGAACUACUAGCGAUGACUGGCGUGAGGUGAACAGUGGUCAAGAUGUCGGCACAUACUUCAUCCCUGGUGGAAAUCGUGCGUUUGUGCCUGGUCGUAUCAGCUACUUCUUCCGUUUCUCAGGACCCAGUCUGAGUAUCGAUACUGCCUGCUCUUCCAGUUUUGCUGCCAUUCAAGCUGCGUGCAGUUACCUCUGGAGAGGAGAAUGUGAUGCCGCUAUUGCUGGUGGAACCAAUGUUCUUACCAGCCCUGAUAACUUUGCUGGGUUGGAUCGUGCUCAUUUCUUGUCUACAACCGGAAACUGCAAUGCCUUCGAUGACGAGGCCAGUGGUUACUGCCGAUCAGACGCUGUUGGCUCUGUUGUCCUGAAGCGACUUGAAGAUGCAGAGGCAGACAAUGACCCAAUCUUCGGUGUCAUUCUGGGUACCAACACCAACCACUGUGGUCAGACUGAGAGUAUCACCCGACCUCACGAGGGUGAUCAGAUCAGUGUGUUCAAGAACAUUAUCCGUCACUCGGGUAUCGACCCUACCGAUGUUAGCUACAUCGAGAUGCACGGUACUGGCACGCAAGCAGGAGAUGCGACCGAGAUGAACUCUGUUCUCUCUGCUUUUGUUCCCAAGUACAAGAGAACAGAGAUGUCUCCAGAGCGACCACUCUUCAUUGGCUCUGCUAAGGCUAAUAUCGGACAUGCCGAGUCUGCAUCUGGUGUCUGCUCAUUGAUCAAGGUCAUGGAGAUGAUGAAGCACAACGAGAUCCCCCCCUCACUGUGGUAUCAAGAACCGGAUCAACCACAACUACCCCCUGGAUCUUGCUCAGCGAGCGCUUCUGGUAGACGUGCUGUCUUCUUGAACAACUUUAGUGCUGCUGGUGGAAACACCGCCAUGCUGGUUGAAGAUGCGCCACUGCCAAAAUCGAUUGAUCACUUGACAGAUCCUCGCUCUACUCACUUGGUGACAGUUUCAGCUAAAUCACCGAAGUCUCUGCUGGCUAACAUAAAGUCCAUUCUCGCCUCCAUUGAGAAGAGAGUCACACCCCCCUCUCUGGCUACACUAUCCUAUACCACCACAGCUCGACGAACACAACACAACUAUCGUGUCAUCGUUUCUGGGUCUGACCUGAACUCUGUGAAAUCCUCUCUGCGAUCUUGGACGCUAGAGAAUGAGUCAACAAUCUCCGACUUCAAGCCAAUUCCUUCCAGUGCUAAGAAGCAGGCACGCGUUGCGGUCGCGUUCACAGGACAGGGAACCUUGUACACUGAGAUUGGAGCACAGCUAUUCGCGGUCAAUGAGACAUUCAAGACCAAAAUUCACAAGUUGAACCGCCUUGCCGAAAUUCAGGGCUUCCCAUCCUUCCUUGGAAUGAUUGAUGGAACCAUCACUGCUGAGGAACUUCCAAACGUCGGUCCCGUCGUCACACAACUUGCUCUUGUUUGUGUGCAGGUCGCUCUUUACGAGCUAUGGAAGUCCUGGGGCCUGAACCCAGCAGCUGUGAUUGGACACAGUCUCGGGGAGUAUCCUGCUCUGUAUGCAGCUGGAGUGCUUAGCAGCGCUGAUAUGAUCUACUUGGUUGCGACACGGGCUACACUCCUCGAGAAGCUUUGCACUCGCGGCACCCACUCUAUGCUCGCAGUCAAGGCAUCUGAGGAUGUGGCUGAGCAACUGAUGCGAGAUGCAAGUGCCAACCCAGAGUGUGAGAUUGCUUGCGCCAACCAGCCAUCUGGCCACGUCAUUGCUGGUCCCGUUGACAAGAUUGAUGAGGUUGCCCAGAAGGCCUCACAGGCUGGAGUUGAAGUGGUCAAGUUGAAUGUGCCUUAUGCCUUCCACUCCCCUCAGGUCGAGCCUAUCAUGGUCGACUUCUUGGAGAGUGCCUCACAGGGCGUCACUUACAACGCUCCUACUCUUCCCGUUCUCUCGCCGUUCCAUGGAAGAGUUGUUCCUGCGGGUGAGACUGGCACUCUGAACGCAGAAUACCUGGUCGCUGCAUGCAGAGGCCAAGUAAACUUCAAGCAGGCUCUGGCUUCUGCUGGCGAACUCGCAGAUGCUGAUCGCACCAUCUGGGUUGAGAUUGGCGCCCACCCCGCUUGUGGUGGUAUGGUCAAGGGUACAAUUGACUCGCGUGUGAAGACGAUUGCCUCUUUGCGCCAGAACGUGGACUCAUACCAAACUCUUACCACUGGUCUCAAGACUCUUUACUUGGCGGGUAUUGAUAUCAACUGGAAUGAGUACCACCGUCACUUCCCAGCAUCACACCAGAUGGUCAAGCUUCCCAUGUACUCUUGGGACCUGAAGAACUACUGGAUUCAGUACAAGAACGACUUCCUUCUCUACAAGGGUGGAGAUUUCCCUCAACAAAUUGCUGCAGCACCUACUCCAGUACCAGUGGUGCGGAAGUAUCUUUCACCAUGUGCCCAGCAGAUUGUCGAGGAGUUCCACGAUUCUCAGAAAUCAUCCAUGGUGGUUGAGUCGGAUAUCUUUGACUCCAAGUUGCUGCCAGUACUCCAAGGACAUCUGGUAAACGGAGCUGCUUUGUGUCCCUCGUCCAUGUACGCUGAUCUGGCUUACACUGUGGCCGACUACUUAAUUCGCCACUGUCCCACCCAGAUUCCCGAUACCACUGGAUUGGAUGUGACUAACGUCAAGGUUUCCAACCCUUUGAUUGCCAAGGGCAACGAGACUACCCACCUAUUCCGUGCAUCAGUGAAUGCGGACUGGCCUGCCAACCGUAUCUCUAUCGACUUGUUCAGCGUGGGUGCCAAUGGAAAGCGCACCGCUUCCCACGCCAAGCUCGACGUCAUGCUUUACCCUAAGCAGCAGUGGCUCAAGGAGUGGAAGCGCAACGCUCACUUCAUCACCAGUCGCAUCAAGGGCCUGAAUGCUGCCAUUCACAGCCCAAGCUCAGAAACCCACCUCAUCAAGCGUGGAAUGGCUUACAAGCUCUUUGCUUCUCUUGUUGACUACAAGAAGGAGUACCAGGGUAUGUCUGAGAUCGUGAUUGACAGUCAUGAGUUGGAAGCUGUCUCCACUGUUCAGUUCCAAGUUGGCAAGGAGGAGUUCUUCUUGAACCCCCGAUGGAUCGACAGUUUGGGUGGCGUUGCUGGCUUCAUUAUGAACGCCAACGAUGGUGUCUGCAGCAAGGACCAGGUUUUCAUCAACCACGGAUGGGAGCGAAUGCGCAUUGCUGAGCCUUUUGAUGAGAAGAAGACCUACCACGCAUACAACCGUAUGCAAUUGGUUGAGAACACUACCUACGCUGGAGAUACAUACAUCAUGGACGGUGAUCGGGUUAUCGCUGUCUUUGACGGUGUCGUGUUCCAAGGUGUUCCUCGUCGUGCGCUCGACCACCUUCUCCCGAAUGCCGCUGCCAAAUCUGCCGCGCCCAAGGCUCCCGUCGCUGCCGCUGCUCCACGCACACCUACAAAGGCCGCUGCGCCCCAGCCAGCUCGCCAAGCCCCACCGAAGCAGAAGAGGUCACCCGUAUCCGAUGUGUUCAACCGAAUUCUCGGACUCAUCAGUGAGGAGGUUGGAGUAUCACUCUCCGAUCUUGUCGGUGAUGCCGAUUUCGCCUCAUUGGGAGUAGACUCUCUGCUUUCUUUGACGAUCACUGCCAAGAUCCGGGACGAGAUGGGCCUCGACUUCCCUUCGAGCCUAUUUGUUGAUGAACCUACUGUUGCUGACUUGCGUGCUCUGCUUUCAAACAAGGAUGAGGAUGACACCCCCAGUGGCAGCGCCAGCAGCUACGAGGACUAUCCCGAAUCCCAGAUUACCAGCCCUGCCAGCUCUGUCGGUCCUGCGACCCCAGGUGGUGGUGAGUUUGGCUCGUCUGAAAGUGCCCGAGUUGCUCUGGUUGUGCGACAGGCGAUUUGCGAAGAAACACAGGUUGCCAUGGAAGAGCUAAAAUCUUUCACUUGUCUCUCUGAUAUUGGUGUUGACUCGCUGCUUGGUCUCACUCUUAGCAGCAGACUCCAAGACCUCCUGCAAGUGGAUAUUCCCGGCAACAUGCUGAUGGAUUUCGAGACAGUUCACGAUCUGGAAGAAGAGAUCUACAAUGUUAUGGGCCUUGAGAAGCCACAUAAGAAGGCAGGCGGCUCUGCUCCGCCUCCAUUGGUGAUGCCCAAGCCCCUUGUACUUCCCGCUGUCGCAUCUGUCUCGUCUCUUCCUCAGGCUACCUCGAUUCUCCUUUCCGGCUCUACCAAGACUGCUCAGGUCAUCCUGUUCCUCUUCCCUGAUGGCUCUGGCUCUGCUUCAUCCUACGCUCACAUCGCCCGGGCCGUGGCUCCAAGCACUGUGGCCGUGUACGGACUGAACUGUCCCUGGAGGAAGACAGCCGACGACAUGGCACGUCUUGGUAUCACUAUGUCGAGCAUGGUUGCACAAUACCUCCCUGAGGUGCAGCGUCUGAUCCAAAAGGUUCGCUCGGAUGGUAAUAGCACUGCCUCCAUUGCACUUGGUGGUUGGUCCGCUGGUGGUAUCCUCGCCUUCGAGGCUAUUCGACAGAUGGGCGGCUCAACUGAGAUCUCUCACCUUGUUCUCUUUGACUCCCCCAACCCCAUCGGCCUGCAAAACCCGCCCCAGCGCAUGUUCGAUUUCUUCGACGGUCUUGGCAUCUUCGGACCCCCACCGGGCAAGAACGGAGAGAAGGCCAAGACACCUGAAUGGUUGCUCCAUCACUUCAAUGCUUUCAUUAGUAUUCUGGAUGCGUACGAGCCUUCGCCUCUACCAAAUGCUCCCGCUUCGUUGAUGAUCUACGCCAAGGAUGGAGUGUGCAAGGAUCCCAACGGACCCAAGAUGGAGAUUCGACCUGAUGACCCCAGAGAGAUGAUCUGGCUGCUGAACAACCGCACUGAUUUCACGGCUGAUGGUUGGGCCAGCAUCAUUGGCCGAGAGAAGUUGAGUGUUACAGUUCUUGAUGAAGUGAACCACUUUUCGUUGAUGGACCCUGGUCCCAAAAUGCCAGAGAUGGGAGUUGCUGUGGCAGAAUUUUUGGGCCGGAACUAA